GAUCAACCUUAUAAUGUCAACUUACGAAAAUAAGGGUUCGAGCCGUAAGGGUAAUACGGCCAAGAAGGGUCAAGCCCAUCAAAACUCGACGAGUUGGAAAGCCAACAAGAACUCCAAAAAGUCAUUGCAGAUCGCUAACUUACCCGUUUACGGUCUCUGUAAACGUUGUACCGACGUUAUUUUGUGGCGUAAGAAGUACAAGAAGUAUAAGCCUUUAACCACUGUCAAGAAAUGUACUUGUUGUGAGGAAAAAGCCAUCAAGGAGGCAUAUCAUGUUCUCUGUGAUAACUGUGCUCGUACAAAGGGUGUUUGUGCUAAAUGUUUAGAAUCCAAAGAGAUCUUAAAUACUAAGGACGAAUUCAAAUCAAAUGCUGAUGAAAUGAGAGAAGCUCAAGAAAAGGAGCGCAUGCUGGAUAGAAUGACACUUCGUCAAAGAAGAAGUUACUUGCGUAAAUUAGAAAGAGGUGACGAUGUAGCUGAUAUUGAAGCCAAGAAUGAGGAAGAAGAUUUCGAUUUUGAAGAAAGUGAUGAAGAAGACGAGGAAGAGGAGUAGAUUUUUGUAAAUUAUUUAAAUAAUAAAAAAU